AUGGCGUCCCACUUUUUCUCAGGCGGCAACCUGGAGACGCUUCUGCAGGACUGGGCACGCGCGUAUGGGCCUUUCGUGGAGUGGCAGGUGCCAGGGGGGCCGCCUGUGCUGGUUGUCACGGAUCCAGACGCGAUACGCGAGGUCUACGAGAUCCAGCAGCUCCCCAAGUCCCCGCGCUACAUGGACCUGCUGCCCCUCCUGGGCGCCCAGUCCAUGGUGCUCACAGAGGGCGCGGUCUGGAAGGGCCAGCGCGACGCCUUCAACCCGGGCUUUGCCAGCGCCUUCCUGCGGGAGGCGGUGCCCCAGUUCGUGGACUGCACGCAGCAUCUUGUCGACUGUUUGGAGGCGGCAGCCGACGAGGCGGAGGCCGCGGCCGCAGCCGCCACGGCGGAGGGGCGGCCCCCAGAAGCGGCGGCGGGCGCGCAGGCGGGCGUGGUGAUGAUGCACCAGCUCGCCAUCCUGCUGACCCUGGAGGUGAUCCUGAAGGUGGGCUUUGGCGAGGAGGCCCUUUUCCUCGGAGAGGCAGGGCUGACCCACCCGCUGUACGCGGCCUUCUCCAACCUUGGACGCCACGUCACCCACUUCCUGGACAACCCCAGCAUCAACUGGACCAAGAACCUGCCAUGGAACAAGGCCAAGACAGAGCGGCUCAACAGGGAGUACACUGCACUGAUCAUGGAGAUCCUGCACCGCCGCCUCAAGGCAAUGGGCGUGGACGCGGCAGCACUCGGCGGCUCUAACAGCGCUACCACCAGCACUAGCGGCACCCCCACCAGCAGUGGCUCGCCGUCCCCUGGCGGCGGCUGCCCGAUGCACGCCGCCGUGGAGGCCGCGGCGCCCGCUGGUUGCCCCGCGCACGCGGGUGAGGGGCACGACGAGCAGCGCGGCGGCAGCAGCAGGGGCGCCAGCCCGAGCGGCACUGGCGGCGGCCGCACCAUUCUGGAUAUUGCAGUGCAGUACAGCGCCGGCCAGGGCGGCGGCACCAUCGACGUGGGCACCCUGAGAGACCAGCUGAUGACGUUCUUCGCGGCCGGCCAUGACACCACAGCGGCCUUGGUGGCUUGGACGGUCAACUACCUCUGCCAAAACCCGGAAGCCGAGAGGAAGCUGGCGGAGGAGGUGGCUUCGGUGCUGGGGCCGCCGCCUCGGGCCGAUGCUGGCGGCGCCGCCGCUGCGGCGGUGCGCCCCAGCUGGCAGCAGCUGAAUGAGAUGCGGUACAUGACCUGUGUCUUGAAGGAGACGCUCAGACUGAGGCCCCCUGUCGGCUUGCUGGCGCGGUGGGGCCCCGAGGGCAGCAGCCUGCGCGGCUACGACACCUCCGGCAAGGUGCUCGUGGUGGGCCCCUACCUGCAGCACACAGACCCGGCCGCCUGGGGCCCUGAUGCUGACCAGUGGCGGCCUGAGCGGUGGGAGGACCCCGCUGGCGCGGCUGAGGGGGUGCACCCCUACUCCUACAUGCCCUUUUCCAGGGGACCGCGCGACUGCAUCGGGGCGCGUUUCGCUAUGCUGGAGGCCAAGACGAUCCUGGCAAUGGUGUACGGCCGCUUCAAGCUGGAGUAUGCGGGUCGGGGGCCCGAGGAGAUGCUGGUGUCUGUCACGGUGCACCCCAAGGGCGGCGUGCCUGUACGCGUGACGCGGCGAUGA